AUGGACUCUUUGGAUACAGACUUUCUUAGAGAUGGUAUGGAGCAAGUCCAUAUGAUUCAAUACAGAUUAUUGACAGCUCAGAGUCGACAGAAGAGUUAUGCAGACCGGAGAGUUAGAGCAUUAAUGUUUAUGGAGGGUGAUCAUGUUUGGCUCCGAGUAUCACCCGUGAAGGAUGUGAUGAGUUUGUCAGCAGUUCAUGCUGUUUUCCAUGUCUCUAUGCUUCGAAAGUAUAUUCCGAAUGAAUCUCAUGUGCUUUCACUUGAUUCUGUGGAGUUGGGUCCAGACUUGACAUUCGAGGAGGAGCCUAUAGUUAUUUUGGAUAGGCAGGUUCGAAAGAUUAGGACCAAUGAGAUUGCUUAA